AUGGGGGACUAUAGCUCAACUUGGAGUGACGGGGAUGACGGAUAUACGGGCGAUGAUGAUUCUACUUCGGAGAAUAGUUCGAAAUCCAGGAUGUAUGAAAAUGUACCUCCUUUUGGGGAGAACCUUCCAUCAUCGGCCUCCUCAGAAAACAUGAGUGAAGUGCUAUACGGUGGUCACGAGGAGGAUGAGUAUUCAGACAUGGAGGUUGGGUUUGAUGAAUAUAGCGUGGAGGUAGGACUGCAUCACGAGGAAUCAAGCUCUGAAAAUAAGAGUGAAGUGAUAUCUGGUGCUGACAAUGGGCGUGAACAUCACAGUCAAGCAGAUCCAGAUAUUGUGAGUAAUGAAUAUAAGAUGCACUCUGUGGAAGAGCACUAUAAAAUACUGGACAUGACAUUUUCUUCCGAACCGGCGGCUUUUGUCUGGUACAACAGCUAUGCGAGAGAGCAUGGCUUCAGCAUCCGAAAGGACAUUUUGAAGAGGGCAAAGCGAGGGAAACGUGGUAAGGGAGAAAUACGGUUAAGGCGGUAUGUCUGUUCCAGGGCAGGGAAACGUCAGGAAAAGCUUUUAACGCAGGAAGGCCGCAGUCAUAGGCUAAGACCCGAGACUCGUUGCAACUGCAAUGCCAAUCUCACCGUGAAGCGUGACCUAUCGAGAGGAGUAUGGGUUGUCAAAAGUUUUUACGGCAAUCACAGACAUAAACCAGCUAGACCGGACGAAAUACCAUUUCUUCGAUCGCACAGAAAGAUUAAGCCGUACCAGAGAGCUGAGAUACUAUCUUUGGGAGCAAGUGGGAUGAGAAAGUACAUGAUUAUGAAACACUUUCUCAGAAGACAUGGCUACGAUGGUGUAGGCUUCGUAAGACGAGAUCUGUACAACCUAUGUUGCAGGGAGAAGAAGCUUAUUGCGAAGGGUGAUGCUGCCACAGCACUUGGUAUUAUGGUCGCGAGGAAGAAGAGUGAUCCUGAUCUUUUUUUUGAUUACCAAAAGGAUGAUGAAGGACGGUUGAAAAGCAUGUUUUGGUGUGAUUCUCAGUCACGGCAGGACUAUCAGGAUUUUGGCGACGUGGUGGUGUUUGAUAGCACGUACAAGAUGAACCGGUAUGCUAUGCCAUUUAUUCCUUUUGUAGGCCUGAACAAUCAUCGUAAGACUACGGUGUUUGCAUGCGCUCUCGUGUCAGACGAGACAGAAGAUACAUAUGCUUGGCUGCUUCGGACAUUCUUGACUGCAAUGUGUCAGAAGAAGCCCAAAGGUCUUAUUACUGAUGGGGACGCCAUGAUGAUAUUAGCUAUUCAGAAUGUCCUUCCAGACGUGUGGCACCGUCUAUGUACUUGGCACAUAGAGAAAAACAUGAAGAGACACCUUAGUCAUAAGUCGCUAAAGGAAUUUCGGCCAUUCUUAUACAACGCCACUUCAGAAGCCAUUUUUGAGGAAAGAUGGAGCGCGUUUCGUCGCAAGUGGGAGACAAAAAGUACCCAAGAAUGGCUCAAAAGGAUGUACAAUAAGAAGAGAAUUUGGGCUGCCGCGUAUCUGACCGGUGGAUAUUUCCUUGGUAUGAAAAGCAAUCAGAGAAGUGAGAGUUUGAACUCAUGCCUUCACCUUCACCUGGAUUAUGGUAUGACCCUAGUUGACUUGAUAAUGCAUUACGAGAAUGCCAUUGUUCGCAUCCAUGAGAGCGAGGCUGAAGAUGACUGCAUCUGUUCCCAGAGUUUACCGGUGGUAGUUACUGAAUCCAAAGAGAUAGAGGUUGCUCUUGCCCAUGCCUUCAGUCCAGCCAACUUCUACAUCUUGCAGCAGGAUGUGAAGAAGCUUGGUGACCUCGAGAUUUUUGAGGAAUAUGUGGGAACAGGGGGCUCUAAACAGUUUAUGGUCAAAUGGAGGAAUAGCGGCAGAUACUCGUUUAUCGUGGAGUAUAGUCCUAAUCAGCCGAAAGAGUUAAUACAGUGCAGCUGCCGAAGAAUGAAUCGUAAGGGGCUUCCAUGCAAGCAUAUCCUAUAUGUAUUGAAGCACCUGAAAUUGUCCGAAAUACCGGACUGUUGUGUUCUUCGGCGAUUCUCCAAACUGGCGAGAAAUGGAUUGCCAGCAAGGCGCAGAAGCGAUCUUUUCGCGUACGGUUACUCAGGGCCGGGGAAGCGAAAAAGAUACAACGACAUGGAAACAGUAUCGGCGGAAGCUAUGGAUGCGGUAGUAGAUGAUCCAGCAAUGUAUAAUGAGUUCAUGGCAUAUAUGAAGGGCUUAGUAGCAAGAAAAUAUGCGAAAAAGAAUGGACAUGAUGGUCACACAGCCUUCGCUGAAGAAGACGCAUAUGAUUUUCAAGGCAAUGCAGUUCCGAUUGGUGAUCCCGAUAAGGUUACCACGAGAGGAGCACCUAAGCAAAACACAAAAACUGCACAAGAGGUAAAUCACCCCGUGACGAAAAAUGGUAGACCACUAGCGUUCGACGAGCGUAAGACCCGGAAUCAGGGGUGCACCGCCUGUGGUGUCAUCGGUCAUAACAAACGGAACAAAAAGUUGUGCAAAAAACAUCCAGAGUAUAUGGAAAAAGAAAACAAGUAG